UUUUCAGACUGUACAAUGAGCUCAAUUUGCAAAGGAGAUAACUCAGAUCUCACAGAAGAACGAAAGAAUGCGACUUUUGAUACGGAUAAGAUGGCUGCCGUGAUAUAUGGACGUGAAGAGAUUGCUAGUCGCCGUCGACAACUCACUGAAUCCAUCUCCCGGAUCCAUGAGCUUGCAGAAUCCAAACCCCUAGUUUUCAUGACACGAGAGGAAAAAAUCGCUGAGUCCUGUAGAAAGCUGGAGGUUUUGAGUCGACACUGGAAUCAGACCCCGUUCAACAGAGACAACGAAGAAGAUGCACUGCACAUCUACAGAGAGGUAUUGGGGAUGGAGGGACAUCCGUUGGCGCUUCACGAUACAAUGUUCAUACCGACUUUGGUUGCACAGGCGAGCCAAGAGCAGCAGGAGAAGUGGUUGGGGAGAGCUAGAAGGAAGGAGAUUAUUGGAUGUUAUGCACAGACCGAGAUGGGUCAUGGUACCAAUCUCCGAAAACUUGAAACCACAGCCACCUACUCCCCGGACACCCAGGAAUUCAUCCUGAACACCCCAACCAUCACAGCUCUCAAAUGGUGGCCCGGAGCACUCGGGAAGAGUUCCAACAACGCUAUAGUAGUUGCUAAUUUGCUUAUCAAAGACCAAAACUAUGGACCACAUCCUUUCAUGGUUCAACUGAGAGAUGAGAAGACUCAUAUUCCACUAAAAGGAAUCGUAGUUGGAGAUAUUGGCCCGAAAAUGGCAUUCAAUGGAGCGGAUAAUGGAUAUCUUGGCUUCAAUAACCACCGAAUUCCAAGAACAAAUCUUUUGAUGAGACAUACCAAAGUAGAAGCAAAUGGGACUUAUAUAAAACCUUCUCAUGCAAAGAUUGGGUACUCGAGUAUGGUAAAAGUGAGAAGUCGAAUGGCAAUGGAUCAGGGAUUGUUCUUAGCAUCGGCUUUGGUAAUAGCUGUGAGAUACUCGGCAGUGAGGAGACAAGGUUUCUUGGAAGACAAAACCCAAAAAGUAAAAGUCCUUGACUACCAGACCCAGCAGCAUCGUCUAUUCCCAUCAUUAGCCCGUGCCUAUGCAUUUAUAUUUACUGGAUUUGAGACAAUUCACUUAUAUUCUCAAUUAUUAAAAGAUGUUGAUAUGGGUAAUACAUCUGGAAUGGCUGAUUUACAUGCAUUGACUUCUGGUUUAAAAUCUGUUGUUACUCAUCAAACUGGAGAAGGUAUCGAACAAGCGAGGAUGGCUUGUGGUGAACAUGGAUAUUCUAUGGCUAGUUAUAUCUCUGAAAUCUAUGGAGUUGCAAUUGGAGGAUGUACUUAUGAAGGGGAAAAUAUGGUAAUGCUUCUGCAACUUGCACGGUAUUUAGUGAAGUCCGUGGAACUUAUCAAAUCCGGAGAAGAAAAGAAGCUAGGACCAAUGGUGUCAUAUCUAGCAGCUAAAGGUGGCCACCCUGAUCUAUCAAGUCUGAAUGGAUAUGUAACAGCUUUCGAGCAUAUGGCUAGAAGGCAGGCUUGGAAAGCAACAGAGAAAUUCUUGAAAUUGAUGGAAACUGGAGAAUCAAGAGAAGUGGCGUGGAAUAAAUCAGCAGUGGAGUUGACUAGAGCUAGUCGUCUACACACCCGUCUAUUCAUAAUCGAAGCUUUCAUGAGAAGAGUGUCUCGAAUUGAAGAUAUUCCAGUGAAAGAGGUUCUAACAGAUCUUCUCCAUCUUCAUGUCAACUAUGAACUAUUGGAUGUUGCCACGUAUGCACUGGAAUUCAUGUCAUCCACUCAGUUGGAUUAUAUCAGAGAUCAACUAUAUUUAUAUCUGGAGAAGAUUCGACCAAGUGCAGUAUCUCUAGUUGACUCUUUCCAGAUUAGUGAUAUGCAAUUGAGAUCUGUUCUUGGCCGCCGGGAUGGUAAUGUCUACGAGAAUCUCUUCAAGUGGGCAAAGUCGAGUCCCUUGAACAAAUCUGAUGUUCUACCGUCAGUCGAUAAGUACUUGAAGCCUAUGAUGGAAAAGGCGAAGCUUUGAACUGGCGUCUAACCUUGUAGUCUUAUCAAUUAUAAAAACUUCCACCCGCCCUGGUACUCAGCACAUUUCUGUAAACAAAACUGUAUUUAUAAACCGUGUUUUAUUAUU